AUGACCACACGAAAAGACACCACCCAAGCGCGUAUCUCUCUCCCAACUCCUGCCCCAAACCCAUGGCAGUCCUUCCCCUCCCGCGGUCUCAUUCCCUUUCCAACAUCGUACAAGCCUGUGAUCGUCAAGACCGGAAGUAGGGAUUAUGUGACUUGUUUAGCUUGGAGCGCCGAUGGGAAGAGGCUUGCGAGUUGUGGGUACGAGAAAGCAGUCAGGCUGUGGAAUCCCGAGCGAACGGUGUAUCUCCAUCUCACAACAACCUUAACAGGAGCACACGAAUUCCCAGUACAACACGUAGCCUGGCAUCCGACCAACCCCUUUCGCCUCGUCUCUCUCUCAAAACAAGACCGCACACUCGCAUUAUGGGAUGUCCGUCGUACCAAGGAGCUGUUGACGGUUGAGUGGCACCCGACGGGGCUCUCCCUGCUAGCGUUGUCCUCCGAUGAUGGGCUAUACGAGAUCCUCCCCUCCCCCUCCCCUCCCUCUGGCCCAGACGCAGACACUCCCGACCCCCCCGCAGAAACAUACCUCCUCGGACCACGACACGACAACCACGGGCAACUAAACACAUUCCUCUUCUCCCCCCUCGGCCUCCAUCUCCUCCUCUCAAAGGUCUCAGGCACCCUGGAACUCCUCUCCCUCCCGCAAUUCGAGACCAGACUGCGCCUGCCAGCACACGUCAAUUCCUGCUAUUGUGCGGCCUUGGAUCCGAGAGGGUUUUAUCUUGCUACGGGGGGGGCGGACGCGAUUGUGAAUUUGUGGGAUACGAAGGAGUGGAUUGUUAGGAGGAACUCGCUAACUCCGUCCAGCAUGCCAGUCCGCGAACUCGCCUUCUCCCACGACGGCGAAUACCUCGCCACAGCGUCCGACGACCCCGGUCUCGAUAUCUGGGAAACAGAGACCGGCCUGCGCGCACUGCGCGUCCAGACUCCAGGGCCGGCGGCGAGCGUGGCUUGGCACCCGGGGAAAUGGAUUGUUGUGGCGGGGGGGGAUGGGGGGGGGAGCGCGAGGAUGGGGUGGUGUUGUUUUUUUGGGUUGUAG